GCAAAGUCGGCCUCCCUACAUGUUUUGAAUCGGUUUCGCGCGCUAAAUUUCGAUCGCCGCAGCGUGAGAUCGAGAACCUCGUCGCGCCUCCGGUGUUCGGCCCCGGCGAACUCGAGAACUCCCGAUCGGGACCGGGAUGCUAAGCCGGUGGUUGGAUCUCGGACUCGGCCCCUAAGACGACCUGGCGAACGGGUCGGCGGGUCGGGAAUGAGAUUGUUGUCGGGCGCCGCUGGUGCGCCAACCAGCGGCUGCUGUUGUUCGUGGUGCUCGUGGUGCUGGAGGUGCCUGAGAGAAUGCGACGGGGUCCCCUCGGCUCCUGACACCUGCCAGAGUCAUGGGUCGAGGAUGGCCGAGAUGGUACUUGUCCUACUCUCAGCGAUGUCACGAGGUGAAUUGACAGUACGGAGUGCCGAUAGCGAGCUGGGGCAAUCGACGAAGAUGGGAUUCGGAGAGACGUCCGGCGUGGCCGGAUAAAGGGAUGAUCCGGGGCUUGGGACCGCUGCAGCUGCGUUGACCGAGUUUAGGUUGUAUCCCGGUUGCACGGCCAGUCAUGGAGCCGGGAAACGCGAGCUUGACGGCGAACGCCUCCUUCGCCCAGGCCUCCACGCUCGACGACCUUACCGCCAUCCUUACGGCCCUGGUACUCGGCAUCCUCAUACUCAGCACCAUCAUCGGAAACGUGUUUGUGAUAGCAGCAAUCGUGAUGGAGCGCAACCUUCAGUCGGUGGCGAAUUAUCUGAUAGUAAGCCUGGCAGUGGCGGACCUUAUGGUCGCGUGUCUUGUCAUGCCUUUAGGAGCCGUUUACGAGAUAAACUCAGGAUGGUCCCUUGGGCCGGUGCUUUGUGACAUGUGGACCAGUAGUGACGUCCUCUGCUGCACGGCCUCAAUAUUACAUUUGGUGGCUAUCGCCGUCGACAGAUAUUGGGCUGUCACCGACCUAAAUUAUAUACAGGCCCGGAACCCGCGGAGGAUAGGCUGCUUAGUGGUGACCGUGUGGGUGGUGUCGCUCGGCAUAUCACUGGCGCCUCAGCUCGGCUGGAAGGAUCCAGGAUACUUGGAUCGCAUCGCCGACGGAAAGUGCCUGGUGUCGCAGGAUCCCGCGUAUCAGAUAUUUGCGACAUGCGCUACAUUUUACCUGCCGCUCCUAGUCAUUCUCUUCCUAUACUGGAGGAUAUUCCAGGCAGCUAGAAGACGAAUUCGAAAACGUCCUGGAACGACCAUACAACCACCGCGAGAACGUCGAGGAAUCUUAAGGCUCAAAAGAAGUGCGAGGGAGGAGCCGACCGCCUUCACCAUAACCCGCUCAACUCCCGACCACUCGUCCGCAUCGCCCGAGAAGUCAUCUUCCUACAACGGGGCGAAUGCGGUUGUCCAGCAACAUUCGGCGACGUCCGUCGGAGCGGCAUCCUCGACGACAACACUGACGACGGCCGCAGCGAGCAGCUCCACGGCCUCGACGACGACGAUGCUCACGCCGACCCUGAGAGCGGCACCCUCCACUCGCAAGACCCGCGAGACCAUUGAGGCGAAGCGGGAGCGCAAGGCCGCGAAGACCCUGGCCAUCAUCACCGGUGCCUUCGUCGCCUGCUGGCUGCCCUUCUUCCUCGUCGCCCUCCUCCAGGCCGUCUGCGCCCCUUGCGAGCCCCCCGACCUCGUCGCCAGCGUUUUCCUUUGGCUGGGCUACUUCAACAGCACCCUCAACCCUGUGAUCUACACGAUAUUCUCGCCCGAGUUCCGGCAGGCCUUCAAGAGGAUUCUGGGUGUCGGCUCGAGACCUGUGCGCUGACCCGAUGCGCCCUCUCCCCCACGUACGAAUAAUCGAAGAGCGAAUAAUGUACAAUGUAGCCGAAUGAUCGGAUGUUGCCAACUGCAAGAGACAUUAUCUUAUUAGCAGAAGAUUUUUGAAACAGUAUUUGAGUAACGAAGGCCAGCGCAUAAUUUAAAAAGUGUAUAAACCAUAAAAUAUUAAAAAUAUAAACACUGGAUAAAGAGAGAAUAAUUAAUGCGUUAGGAAGUCUAGAUAAAUUCUUUGUGCACCUAUCGGAAUUUGCAAUUAGCGACGUUGCAACGCUACGUGGCAUUGACUAUUUUUUACGCGCAUUGCAUUACCUACGUCUUAUUCUAAUGCGACGCAGCAUUUGAUCAUUACAUCCUCUUUAACCUAUUCUAUUGCUUUUUCAAGCAACACUAUA